AUGAAUAUAUUUCGACGAGGAUUCCAUGGUCUCUUCGGACGAUCCACCCGAAGGACUCCUGUUGAUUUAUCUAUCGACAUUGAUGCCACUGAAAAGAAUGAGUUCAUCCAUAUUCAUUCCCCCAAUACACCAGAUCCACAAGAUGAAGAGUACGAUAUAGUAUCCGACGAAGAUGUUGAUGCAUACUACUCAACACUCGGACUGCCACGUCCAUCGAAAGAAGCAUGGAACCACGAAACUUGGCUGGGCAAGCAAGAGGUCGGAAAAGGUGGGCCAUUUGUUAUUCUCGAAGUCAGUCCACGCAAGCAUCUCAUACGGAUCCCCCUCGAGGAAGUACCAAAGACUUCGAAGCUCCUAUCGAGACUUCUAGAAAGCCCGAUGUACACCCGCCAUGCCACCUUACCGUUCGCAUAUGCAGACUUCACCAAGUUCUACUUGGAGCGCGCCCGCGUACCACGCGACGAAGACAAGACAGUGGGAGGCUGCGAAAACACGCUAGGUCUUGCGAUUACAGCUGAACAGCUUGAAGAUGCUGCUAUGCUACAUCGUGCAUUGUCUGAUUUCCGGAAGCUAGCUGGAGUUCAUGGACCAAUAGCGAAGUAUCUUAUCGAUGUUGCUUACUAUUGCACCGAAACAGGCUCUUCGGUUCGAAUGAUGCUUGUGGAUCUGGGCAUCAAUUGUAAACACUUCCAAGACUACCUCGAAGGACCUCCUUCUUAUGUACAUGAAGUCAAAGCUCGCUUUGAGGACUUGAAAGCCAAAGGCAUCGAGUCUCCCAAUUCUCACCUGCAGCCCCGUCCGAAGCACGUAAAGCUCCCUGAGCUUCCCUCGUUCGUCUGUGGUGCGGCAACAGAUGCUACAGCAUUGUUCGAAGUACCAAAAACACCACCACGUGUCCCGCUUCCAAAGCCGCAUUUGUCCCUAAAGUGGAGUCCUGCUUCAUCCCAUAAAAAACAUGUCUCGUCGUCUGCUCGGGCAAACCCAUGUGGGCCGGUUGCGUUGCGACAUCCCAAUAGUGCCCUUCGCGCACAGCUUCUGCAGCCCCGAUUUGCCCCACCACUAGGGACGGAAAACGAAGGUGAGGACUUCCAGCAUUUUGCAAUUACGCAAAAGUGGGAACCGGUUCGUCAACCAUUGAAUCCGGAGUCGGUGGAGUCACUGUUGGAGAGGUCAAGCAGGAACUUUGACUGGGCUCGUCGGGAAAGCGGCAGUCCCGGUAGGCAGCCUUUCCGUUAGGGAUGUGAUCGAACCGCAUGGAGGGAAUAAUCGUGGGAAGGUGGACACAUGAUGUUACCAUAAUCUUCAUCACGAGCGUGUGGGAGGGGUGUGGUGGGAAGCAGGCAACAAGUGAUUUUACUGCCGGC